AUGGCAGCCAAAGCACUAGACUAUCAACCAGUGAAGAGGUGGAAACACUCCACUGUACGGGUAGGAGACUACCUGUACAUGUGGGGUGGGAAGCAGCCUGGUCUCCCUGAAGUACAUAAUAAUGAAAAGAAGAAAUCAAUGUGUUCUGUGAUGGAGGUGUGUCACCUAAGGACUGGUAGGUGGGAGCAGAAACCCACCACUGGUAACCCUCCACUGGGUGUUAGGGGCUAUGCAGCUGCUGCCAUUGGAAGGGAAAUAUUUUAUUUUGGAGGGGAUUGUAAUCAUGGUGACUGUUAUCAUAAUAGUUUAUACAGUUUUAAUGUUGAUACCUUCAACUGGAAGGAACUCUCUCCUACUACAUCUCAUCAUAGUCCUAUGAUGAAGGAUGACUGUGACAUGAUAGCAAUAAAAGUGAACGGUGAGGACUAUCUUGUAGUAAUUGGAGGAUAUGGACCAUCUUCUAAUAAUACACCACAACAACCUGGUGCCCAGUACAGUGAGACUAAAGUAUUAUAUUCUAGUUAUCAACGAUGCAAUGAGAUCCAUUUCUAUAAACUCUCAACAGGACAAUGGAUAUCACCGACU